AUCGAACUGGGCGGCACGAUUGGCGACAUCGAGGGCAUGCCCUUCGUGGAGGCGUUUCGCCAGUUUGCCCGCACCGUCGGCGCGGACAACUUUUGCUGCGUCCACGUCAGUUUGGUGCCCAAACCGAAGGCGACCGGGGAGCACAAGACCAAGCCGACGCAGGUCAGCGUGAAGGAGCUACGGGCGCUGGGCCUGUCGCCUGAUUUGAUCGUCUGCCGCUCCGAGGUGCCCUUUAGCGAUGAGGUGAGGGAGAAGAUCAGCAACUACUGUCACGUCAAUCCCUCGCAGGUGAUCUGCCUCAGUGAUCAGUCCUCGAUCUACCGAGUUCCGCUGGAGCUGGAGAAGCAGGGCCUGGUGGACUUUUUCUGCACCAAAUUCGGCAUCAGCAAUCCAAAGCAGCAAACUGUUUCGAAAACGACGAUCCCCGCAAUCAUCACGCCAAAGUCCAGUAGGCCGCGAGACUUUCAGCAAAAGUGGCGCCGCCUGGCGGAGCGCUUCGACAACACCAACAAGACGGUCUCCAUUGCCCUGGUGGGCAAGUACACGAAACUCGAAGACAGCUACGCCUCGGUGAUUAAGGCGCUUCAGCACUCGGCGCUGGCCAUCAACCGGAAGCUCGCGAUCCACUACAUCGAGGGCAGCGACCUGGAGGAGGAGGCAAAGGUGGGCGAGCCGGGCCGCUACUACGACGCCUGGCAGUCGCUGGUGCGGGCGGAUGGAAUUCUGGUGCCGGGCGGCUUUGGCGACCGCGGCGUCGAGGGGAAGAUUCUGGCGAUAAGAUAUGCCCGCGAGAAUCGAAAGCCUUUUCUGGGCGUCUGCCUCGGCUAUCAGUGCGCCGUCCUGGAGCUCGCCCGGAAUGUUCUGGGGGAGAAGGGGGCGGAGUCGCAGGAGGUGAACAGAGAUACGCCCGCCCCCUUUAUCGUCGAGAUGCCCGAGCACCACGGCGGCGACCUGGGCGGGACGAUGCGCGUCGGCCGCCGGGAGACGCGCUUCACCGCCCAGGGGGGCGUCACCUGGCAGCUGUACAAGCGGGCGGACCGUAUCUACGAACGGCACCGCCACCGCUAUGAGGUCAAUCCGGCGAUGGUGCCCCGGCUGGAGGCGGCCGGCCUCGCCUUUGUCGGCCGCGACACCACCGGCGAGCGCAUGGAGAUCGCCGAACUCCGUGACCAUCCGUACUUUGUGGGCGUCCAGUUUCACCCGGAGUACACCAGCCGCCCCCUGAAGCCGUCCCCCGUCUACCACGGCCUGCUACUGGCCAGCGCCGGCAAGCUGAAGAGCUACCUG